AUGGUUUGCGAUUUACUUGCUCUCACACUUUUACGUUCUGCCGGAGAUUUGGGGGCAGAUAUUGCAGUAGGUAGUGCUCAACGGUUUGGACUUCCUCUCGGUUAUGGUGGCCCUCAUGCUGGAUUUAUGUCUGUUGCCAAUUUAGCAUUGGCUAGACAAAUGCCUGGAAGGAUUGUUGGGGUUUCUAGGGAUCAACAGGGAAAUAUUGCUUAUCGUUUAACUCUCCAAACUAGAGAACAGCAUAUUCGAAGAGAUAAAGCAACCUCCAAUAUUUGCACUGCUCAAGCACUUCCUGCUAAUAUUUCUGCAAUGUAUGCAAUCUAUCAUGGACCCAAUCGUUUAGUUUAUAUUGCCAAAAUGAUACACAAAGCUACAUCAUUUCUUUCUCAAAGUAAUUUGAAAUUUAAUUUUGUUCAGAUUUUGUUACUAAUUUAA